AUGCUUAAAUCUUCUGAUACUGCAAAAUUUAAUAGACUAGUGUGCAAAGGGUUCUUUAAACGUACGGUACAAAACAAGCGGGUAUAUACAUGUGUUAGCGGAACAGGUGGUUGUCCGAUGACGAAAGAACAAAGAAACAGGUGCCAGUACUGUCGAUUCCAGAAGUGUCUUAACCAAGGCAUGGUACUCGAAGGCAUUAUAGUUUUAGAUAUAAGUUGGGCUAAUAAUCAGAGUAAAUAG